AUGAAAGACCUUGGUGAACUCAAAUACUUUCUUGGCAUUGAGUUCUCUAGAUCUCAAGAAAGCAUAGUAAUGUAUCAAAGGAAAUAUGCUCUUGAACUUGUGUCAGAGCUUGGUCUAGCAGGAGGUAAGCCAGCAGCCACACCUCUUGAAUUCAAUCAUAAGCUCACAUCCAUUGAAUUUGACAAGGAAAUACCAUAUGCCAAUACUACAUUGGAUAAUGAACUUGAAGAAAAAGGAAGUUAUCAGAGGCUAGUUGGCAGACUGUUGUACUUGACCAUGACAAGGCCUGACAUUGCCUUUGUGGUUCAAUUACUCAACCAAUACAUACCUGCACCUAAGCUGUCUCACAUGGAAGUUGCCUUAAGAGUAGUAAGGUAUAUCAAGACUGCACCUGGCCUUGGACUGUUCAUGCCUGCUAAAGCAUGCAAGGAGUUAGUUGCAUAUUGUUACUCUGAUUUGGGUGCUUGUGUGGAGACCAGGAGGUCAGUGACUGGAUAUGCAGUAAAAUUUGGUGCAGCAUGUAUAUCUUGGAAGUCCAAAAAACAAGGAACUGAAUCUAAAAGCUCUGUUGAAGCUGAAUUUCGAAGUAUGGCUUCUACUGUAGCAAAGGUGGUGUGGGUAACAUGA